CUGAUGAUCUUUAGCCUGGUAGUUCUCCCCAAGAAGGUUCCCAUCGACAAGCGAAUGGGGAGUUUUGAAAGACAGAGACUUACAAUCAACCAAAAUGCUUUGUCACAGUUAAAGUUGCUCAACAAGUCUCUGCCUCCGUCUAAAUGUGUGGGAAAAUGCCAUCCUGGAUUUGUCAAGCAAGGUCGAGAAGGAGAGCCAGUUUGCUGCUACGACUGCAUUCCUUGUCCAGAGGGGACCAUCUCCACUCAGGAAGAUACCACAAAAUGUACCAAGUGCCCAGAUGACCAAUAUCCAACUGAGAACCGAGUCCAGU